CAGGGACUCGGCGUUACUCCAGGCUUCCCAGCCCAACCUCUCACACACGUCUUAUACACCUCUCUCCCUCCUGUUUGCCUUCACAGCUGGUGUCCCUCCACAUUGCAGACACAGAUUUAAAGAUGUCUUGGACAUAUGCAACCCUCCUGGCUCUCCUCUCUGUGCUUCUGGCACUUUCCCUGUCUCCACAGGCCGACUCUGCAGCCGUGUCCAGCAGCGCAACCAGCGCUAAAGACCCUCAAGGUCCGCUGAGGAGGAUCUUCAUGAAAGAGGCCGAUGCCUCAGACUUCUUCAGGAGACGCAGCAGACGGGCUGUGAAGUCCCAGGAUGAAAUGGACGCCGAGCAGCGGCAGGUCCUGGCUGCAGACGAACGCAGGCGGGAGUUUCACGAGGACCGGAGGGAUGACUUCGAGAACAACAACGAGGAGCAGGAUGACGAGCAAGACGAGAGGAGCAGAGAGAGCACCGAGCAGUGGAGGCAGUUCCACCACGACGGGAUGGAUCCUUCCCACGGCUAGAACCGCCACUCCACCUGAGACGCCCCUGGGAGGAGACGGGCCAGGCUUGGAAACAAAGAUAAAUACCCUUAGUUAUGGGUUUCUUUCUGCAUAAAUCAUAUUACAAAAUUAGAGAGAAGUAGAGGAGUAUAAAGAUUAAAUAUGGUACGAAAAUACUACCAAAAAAGUUGCUACAAGUUUCCUUUACAAAUUUAUUUACAUUUAUUAUACUUGUAUUACUUUCUUUUUUCUGUUUAACAAGCAUUUGUGUUUAGAUUUGAUUAUUAAUCAAUGAAUAAAAUAAACAAAAUAAAAUAGAAACAUUGUGAACACAUUUUACAAAGCUGACUGGCGCAAUUCAUCAUAAAAUGAACACAAUACAAUGCAAAAAAAAAAAGGUUGUUUCAUUAGUUAGUUUAAAGUUGAAUUUUUCUGUAAAAACACAAACUGAAAAAUGUACAGAUUUUCACUUGAUCCUCAAAUAUUUAGAGAACCCCGUUUAACAAACAGGACUUUUUUGUCUUUCUUUCAGGGUGGAAGUGGGUGACAGAAGCAUGAAAAGCUUCUAAAGCAGGAAUUUCUGCAACCAAAAUGUCCCAGUAACUGUAAAUAAAUCCUGGAAGGAAGAAUUUAACCUGAAUCUCAUCCACAGCAGCUUCAGUUAUGUGGUAGUUUGGUGUUGACGCAGCAAAACAUGUCCAAACCAUGAUACUACCGCUACCUUAUUUCUCACAUGUGAUAAAGUCCAAAUGCUGAAAUGAAAUGUC